CAAAUUCCCUUACAAUUCUAUCUUUAUAAGUGAGUUGCAACUUUAUUCUUAAAACCCUACCUUCUUGAGUAGCGUACACUUGCUAAGGUUGUCGUCUUCAUUUUGCUGGGUUUAUUCUUAAACACAUAAUAUGGGUGUCGACACUAUGGCACAGGAUCCAGAAGAACGUCAAAGGUUUUCGGAGAAAAUUAUUGUCCUCCUCCUUACAGUUGAUGCCAUUGAGGGAGCUGAUCUUACAGUGCGAGUGGCAAAGAAGUCUAUGGUGGAUGAACUGGAAGCUAUGCUUGACGUGGUCGACCCUCAGCCAUCCGGGAAAUCACUUUCCAUGAAAAGGAGGACAUUUGACAUGCCUGAUAGUGUAAUCCAGAAGGAAAUUGCUAAGGGUGUGGCGCAAGUUGUUCAGAUGCUUGAAAAUGAAGAGAGCAGCACAUCCGAGGCAUAAUUUUAAAGGUAAUAUUGCAAUGCAAGAAGUCACCCAGUUAUGGGUUCCCUGUUCUAACUAACAUUAUGUGAGAGAUGCGGCCUGGGAUGUAAUUAUCUGUACUACUAGAACUUCGCGCACUAUGUUCCAUCUUUUGAGCAGAGUUGUGCUGUAUCACGUUGUGCUUAAAUUUAUUUUUCCUCCUGUUUCACCUCCGUUCUGUCUAUUUUUAUCUAAAUUUUGUUAAGAACACCAGCAGAAUUUACUUCACAGUUAGUGAAGAUAAGUUGUUGCAUAACAAAGUCCUCAACUCACUCGGAGGACAAUGUGGCCGAAGAUGAUAAGGGCAAUUAUCAUGCGGAGCACUUUUUGCUAGCCAAUCUGCCACUCAUUUGCAGACCUAACAACAUGAUCCCAAAUGUUAAUUUCAUAGCCAUAAUCAGUGCUUCCCCAGCCAAUGCAGUCUUGAUACAGCAAGGUUAAAUCCAGAACCAUACUCAUCUCAACAAAUUACUGCAACUCCAGCAAUACUUGUACCAGCCGAAAAAGCAUCAUGUGUUAACAGUUGCUGCAAAAUCAUAACUGGGUCAAGAUCAGCCGAUCAGAAAAAAAAAGAAGAAGAAAACUGGGGUCAAGAUCGUACACUCUCUGAUUCUCGCUCAUGCGUCGUUUGUUUAGUUUGAUGAGCUAUCAUUUGUGGUGGCACUUGUUUGAUGUUAAAAAAUGACAUUAGUUCUUCUCUUCCAAAUGUGCCAACACAGGCAUGAUAUUUCCUUCAUAGUAUUAGGGAAGAAACAUGAUAUUGUUGA